CACAAAUCUUACUCCGAUGGCUGCAACGUAUAAAAGAGACGGGUUGCUGAUACUAUAUUAGCUUUAUAUCACACUUGAGCAUUCUAUACACAAUUCCGGUUUCAUUCUACCUCGAUACUGGACCAAGACCUUAUCGCGGACCCAAGAUUCAGCAACCAGCAUCGUUGAAACAUCAGAUCGCCAGUAAUCUUGGAUACUCUUUACCAAGUCGGAAUCUUUCCAGAAUUUCACCAAACCCAUCAUGACAUCUCAAACAGACGACCAGCACGUCCUUGUCAUGGGUGCAGGCGUCAUCGGCCUUACCACGUCCCUCGUCCUGUCUCACGCCUACCCCAACGCCAAGAUAACGGUGGUAGCAAAGCACUUCCCUGGAGACCGCUCCAUAGAAUACACGUCUCCCUGGGCUGGCGCAAAUUGGUCUUCCAUGGCCAACGACAACGGACCUCUAGAGAAAUACGACGAGGUGACCUUUCGCCGCUUUGGCGAGCUUGUUGAUGGGAAGGAAGUAUUUGGAUGCCAAACACUGAAGGCUGGUGAGACGAAAGGUAUAGAUGGAGUAAAUGGGGGAGGCAAUGAAGCAGGGUUGGGGAGAAUGGGUAUGUGGGGUGUGUUUGACGCGCCAAUCGAAGAGACAGGUCUUUUGACGAAAGAGACGGGAAAGGUGUGGUACGACCAGCUAGUCGGAGGUUUGAGGAACUUGGGGGAAAGUGAGCUUCCCAAGGGCGCAACGUUUGGUCUUGAUUACCCAAGCACGUUUAGGAUUAAUACGCAGGUAUAUUUACAGUGGCUCCAAGUUCAAGCCCUAAACAAAGGCAUCACACUCGUCCGUCGCCACUACCCAUCCGUCUCAGACGUCUUGGCCGACCACCCAUCAACUACUCUCCUGAUAAACUGCACCGGAAUUGGCUCUCUAAACCUCUCGGACAUCAAGGAUACAAACCUUUACCCAACACGUGGCCAAACUUUACUAGUCGCCGAGCCUAAGAAACCAAUCACUCGAAUGUAUGAAAUGGAAAGGCGGAUCGAUCCAACGACGACAUACGUGUUCCCUCGCCCACUGGGCGGUGGCGUUAUCCUAGGUGGCAGUCGACAGGAAAACGAUUGGAGUGCGGAGUGGGAUGAGGAACUUGGUCAAGACAUCAUGAAGCGAUGUUGUGAGUUGUGUCCCGAGUUAGGGAAGCCGGAGGAUCUGCAGAUCAUCGCGAAGAACGUGGGGUUGAGACGUGAGUUGUAG